CAAUUUGUUUCACAUACCUUCAACAUUGGGAAAUACAGAAAAACAAAUAAACUUUAUUUCCUACUUCUAACAAUACAAUGGCUUUCUCAAGGCAUAUUGUAGUGCUCAUUCUUCAAUUGAUGCUUGUCCCUUUUGCUUUUAACCUUUGUAAUGCACAAGGCUUGAAAUAUGGCUUCUACAAAAAAACAUGUCCUAGUGUUGAAUCAAUUGUGAGAAAGACAACUGCUCAAUUCAUAUCUAAGGCACCAACUCUAGCUGCUCCUUUGCUUAGGAUGCACUUCCAUGAUUGCUUUGUUAGGGGAUGUGAUGGCUCUGUAAUGCUAAACUCAACCAAGACUAAUCAAGCUGAGAGAGAAGCCAUUCCAAACCAAUCUCUAAGAGGAUUCCAAGUGAUUAAUGGUGUAAAAUCUGCACUAGAAAACAAAUGCCCAGGUGUUGUAUCUUGUGCAGAUAUAGUAGCCUUAGUAGCUCGGGAUGCAGUUUCUAUGAUUAAAGGACCAUAUUGGAAAGUUCCUUUGGGAAGAAGAGAUGGGAGAGUGUCAAAAAUGUUAGAAGCCUUGACCCUUUUACCACCUCCAUUUGCUAACAUUUCUUCCCUUAAAUCAAAUUUUGCCUCUGUUGGUUUGAAUGCAAAAGACCUUGUGGUUCUAUCAGGAGGACAUACAAUUGGAACUUCUCAUUGUUUCGCUUUCACAAACAGAAUGUACAAUUUCACAGGGAAUGGUGAUGCUGAUCCAACAAUGGAUCCAAACUACAUUGCUCGUUUGAAGCUAAAAUGCAGUCCAACUGAUGUAACAACACUUGUAGAAAUGGAUCCAGGAAGUUUCAAAACUUUUGAUGAAAAAUAUUACACACUUGUGGCUAAAAGAAGAGGGCUUUUUCAAUCUGAUUCUGCACUUCUUGAUGAUAUUGAGACCAAAGCUUAUGUUAAACGUCAAGCUCUUACCCAUGGUAAAACAUUUUUCAAAGAUUUUGGUAAAUCUAUGGUGAAAAUGGGCAAGAUUGGUGUCUUGACUGGUCAAGCUGGUGAAAUAGGAACAUUGUGA